UGCCUUCUCUCCCCUCUUCCCUCUCUCUGCUCCUCCCCCAUCUGCCCGACAGCCCACCUGUCUGCUCCUUUGUCCAUCCAUCCACCGGCCAAUCUGUCUGUCCGUGUGUCUGCGCAUCAGCCCACCCAUCCGUCCACCUGAUGGUUUCUGCGGAAGCCACAUCACAUCAGCUUGGGAACGCAAGAGAAGGCUGUUUGUUCCUCCCGGCGUGUGGACCCCCAGGUCCAGAGCAGGUUCUGGGCAUGGAGCAGCUUCUCUGAGACGGAGGAGGCUAGGCAGGUGGGUUGCCGCAGGCUGUGCCCCGGGCAGGGCUCUUGGGGCAUCUCUGCACUCCCCGGGGCCCUUGGUGCUGUUCUUAGUAGCAGGGUGCCCGGAGACUGCCCUGCCAGCCUUCCUGCCACGGGGAAAGUGCUUGGAAACGGCCACGGGAAGGGCCACAGGGAGAGCCGGAGCGGAGAGGCGGGGCGAGAAGAGCAAGCCCAGAACACGCCCAUCUCACAGCACGGGGACCAAGCCCAGGGCCAGGCCAGGACCCUGCGGGGCCCUGAGACCAGCAGGCAGGCUGCCCUCCACAGGCACCGGGCAGUGGGCUGUAGUAUCCGCCAGUGCGGGUGGCAGAGGGCAGACUCUCGUUGGCACUGCCCGCCGGGCACCCUGCCGGAUGAGGUCUUGGUUCCUACGCUGGGGGCACCCGCCUGGCCCACAGAGCCUGGAGGAUCCCCUGUGAGCCUCACCCGGUGCCUGGCCCUGCACUGUCCGAGAGCCAGGGCCACCUAGGGGACGGGCCCUGUGGGCCGUGAGGUUUCCUGCUGCGCCCACCUUCCCGCUAACUCCUCCCCUCCCGGGGCUGACUUGGGGCCUCGUGGUCCUGCCUGCCUGUCGUGGGGGCCCAGAGGGUGUGAACGUGACAGCCGGUGGCAGCUGGGCAGUGUCCGCGGGGCCAGCACCCGUCAUGUUAUCCUCACCCGAGUGUAGGUGCCCGGAGACGGAGGCAGGUGAGAACAUCCGCACCGGCCCAGGUGAGAAUAUGUAGCUGGGCCCAGCCACGUGCCCUCGCGACGAGCCAGCGCCCUCGGCCACCUUCACCAUGUCCAGGAGGGGCGCGGGCAGCCGGAGCCGAGGGGAAAGGGUGGAGGCCCUGGCCGCACUUCAGGCUGCCAACGAGGAGCUGCGGGCCAAGCUCACGGACAUCCAGAUCGAGCUGCAGCAGGAGAAGAGCAAGGUGAGCCGCGUGGAGCGCGAGAAGAGCCAGGAGCUGCGGCAGGUGCGGGAGCACGAGCAGCACAAGAACGCGGUGCUGCUGACGGAGCUCAAGAGCAAGCUGCACGAGGAGAAGAUGAAGGAGCUGCAGGCCGUGCGGGAGACGCUGCUGCGGCAGCACGAGGCCGAGCUCCUGCGCGUCAUCAAGAUCAAGGACAACGAGAACCAGCGGCUGCAGGCGCUGCUGCAGAGCCUGCGGGACGGCGCCCCCGACAGGGCCAAGACCGUGCUGCUGUCCGAGGCCAAGGAGGAGGCCAAGCGCGGCUUCGAGGUGGAGAAGGUGAAGAUGCAGCAGGAGAUCUGCGAGCUGAAGGGCGCCAAGCGGCAGGUGGAGGAGGCGCUGACCGUGGCCAUCCAGGCCGACAGGAUCAAGGCCGCCGAGAUGAGGAGCGUGUACCACCUGCACCAGGAGGAGAUGUCGCGCAUCAAGAAGGAGUGCGAGCGCGAGAUCCGCAGGCUGAUGGAGGAGAUCAGAUUUAAGGACAGAGCAGUCUUCGUGCUGGAGAGAGAGUUAGGGGUACAAGCCGGGCACGCUCAGAGACUGCAGCUCCAAAAGGAGGCUUUAGAUGAGCAGCUGUCCCAGGUCAAGGAGGCUGAUCGGCACCUGGGCAGCCCCAGACGGGAACUUCCUCAUGCAAUCAGUGCAGGAGCCGCUGCCGAGCACCCGGGAAGCCCCCAGCUGGACGAGAAGGAUGCUCGUCGCUUCCAACUCAAAAUUGCCGAGCUGAGCGCCAUCAUCCGCAAGCUCGAGGACCGCAACGCUCUGCUGUCCGAGGAGAGGAACGAGCUGCUGAAGCGCCUGCGAGAGGCCGAGAGCCAGUACAAGCCGCUGCUGGACAAGAACAAGCGCCUGAGCCGCAAGAGCGAGGAGCUGGCUCACACGCUGCGGCGUCUGCAGAGCAAGCUCAAGCUCAUCACGCAGGAGAACCUGGAGAUGAGGCAGCGGGCGGGCUCCGUGCGCAGACCCAGCUCCCUGAAUGACCUGGAGAGGAGCCGGGAGGAGCAGGAGGCCGACUUCCUGCGGCUGCAGCUGCUGGAGCAGCAGCACCUCAUCGACGAGCUCUCCAAGACCCUCGAGACCACCGGCUUCGUGAAGAGUGUCCUGGAGCGUGAGAAGCUGCUAAGGUUCCGGAAACAGAGGAAGAAGAUGGCGAAGCUCCCCAAGCCCGUGGUGGUGGAGACCUUCUUCGGAUACGACGAAGAGGGGUCCCUGGACUCGGACGGCUCUUCCGUGUCCUACCAGACGGACAGGACGGACCAGACCCCGUGCACCCCUGACGAUGACCUAGAGGAGGGCAUGGCCAGGGAGGAGACGGAGCUGCGGUUCCGGCAGCUGACCAUGGAGUACCAGGCGCUCCAGCGUGCCUACGCGCUACUGCAGGAGCAGGUUGGAGGGUCGCUGGACGCAGAGCGAGAAGUCAAGACCAGAGAGCAGCUGCAGGAAGAGGUGCAGAGGGCGCAGACACGAAUCGAGGACCUGGAGCGGACGCUGGCUGAGCGCGGGCAGGACAUGAAGUGGAUCGAGGAGAAGCAGGCUCUGUACCGCAGGAACCAGGAGCUGGUGGAGAAGGUCAGGCAGAUGCAGGUGGAGGAGGCGCGGCUGCAGCACGAGGUCCAGGACGCGAGGGACCAGAACGAGCUGCUGGAGUUCCGCGUGCUGGAGCUCGAGGAACGGGAGAGGAAGUCCCCCGCCAUCACCUUCCACCACACCCCCUUCGCGGAAGGGAAGAGCCCUCUGCAGUCCUACUGUGAGGCUGAAGGCGUGACGGACAUCGUGGUCAGUGAGCUGAUGAAGAAGCUGGACAUUCUGGGGGACAACGCCAGCCUGAGCAAUGACGAGCAGGUGGUCAUCAUCCAAGCCAGGACAGUGCUGACCUUGGCCGAGAAGUGGCUGCAGCAGAUCGAGGAGGCAGAGGCUGCCCUGCAGCGGAGGAUGGGCGACCUGGAGACGGAGAAGGAGCUGUUCAGUAAACAGAAGGGCUACCUGGACGAGGAGCUGGACUUCCGGAAGCAGUCCCUGGACCAGGCUCACAAGCACAUCCUGGAGCUGGAGGCCAUGCUGUACGACGCCCUGCAGCAGGAGGCGGGGGCCAAGGUGGCCGGGCUGCUGACGGACAGCGAGCGGGAGGAGCUCCGCGUGGCCGUGGAGCAGUGGAAGCGCCAGGUCAUGAGUGAGCUGCGAGAGCGGGACGCACAGAUCCUGCGGGAGCGCAUGGAGACGCUGCAGGGGGCCCAGCAGAGAGUCAAGGAGCUCGAGGAGAGGCUGGAGGCCCAGAAGAGGCAGCUGAAGGAGCUGGAGGAGAAGUUUCUGUUUCUGUUCUUGUUUUUCUCCUUAGCUUUCAUUCUCUGGUCUUAAGGAUCCUGGACACUCUGUGUGCCCCCCGGAGCCUGACCCCCUUCCUCCGGCGGCCGGAUGAGAUUCCCCCUCUCCCCUGGAAGAGCCAAGAAGACGUGGCGUCUGCAGACACCCCACACGCCGUCUCGAAGAGAGGAGGGGUCUCUGGUGCGGCCCCGUCGUUGGGGGAGCCUAUUUGGGCCCUGCUCUCUGGGCUCCCCUAGGAGAGGCCGUGCAGCCGCUGGACCCGGGACCUGGGGCGCAGCCCCCAGUCCGGCUCAGGGUCCCUGUGGACAGGAGCAGCGCCUUGCCCGCAUCUCCCAGCUCCCCGAGGCCCAGGAAGCUUCCGGAAACAGCGCAGGCGACCCACAGUGACAGAGGGGAGUGCUGGCCAUCCUCGGGGUGCCCCGCUCCUGCACACUCCCCUCUCUGCCGGCCUGCACACACAAGGGCCCUCGGUGACCUCAGUGCGGAUGGACAGCUGGGACCCGGGGCCACUCCCACACUCGGUCCCAGGCACGGGCCCAGUCCAGAGCUUGGCUGGCACCAGGCAGUGCCCGCGGUCUUGAUGCUCUGCAGCUGUGAGGAGGGAGCUGUGCCAGGUGCCAGCAGCGAGAACCAGCGUGCGGCCUGGCCGAGCCAGUGUGAGGGUGGGCCGGUGCCCAGGGCUGGACCUACCCUGGUGAUUGUUCUCAGUGCUGAAUGGUGAGGGGUGCGAGUGUGCACACAUGUGAGGCGUGCCCAGCCAGAGGAUAGCACGUGGAAUCCAGCUCUUGUGGGGCACUUGGUGCAAACGACGUGCAACAGGGGUCAGCAGCUGCAGCAGACACGCGUGUGUGUGCGUGACUCCAGGUGGGACCCAGGAAUUCACAGGCUCCCAGGGGCGGAAGCCGCGUCUGAGGACUGUCGUUCCUGCCACCCUAGGGCCUCUUAACCGUGAGCCGUGCAGUUGUGAAGACGGCCACGUGCCCUCCAGAGGACACUGCGGCCAGCCUGCAGGCCCAGUCUGGGGUCCGGUUCUUGUGCUUUGUUCUGCUACCUGCACGCCCACGACCCUCCCGGGACUGAGCACGAACCCCCAGCUAAAGUGCUGGAGCACCCUACUGGCACUCGUGUCCAGGGCAGGUCUAGCCCCUGAGCACAGCCCGUCUGUGUGUGCUGUGGCGUCCAGCACCCAGCUCCGUGACAGACAAGGCAGAUCAGGAGGUGGGACGUGCCCCUCCCCUCCCCCCACACUCCGGGCCCCAGGGGUUUCCAGACACAGCACGAAUAUUCCUGAGGACCGCCUGAGGCGUGGGUGCUGCUCCUGAGCGCUGGGGCCUGACUGGCAGCAGAGCCUCCCUGAGCCGUGCUCACAGGCGCAGCCACUGGGAGCAGCCGCCCUGCGCCCCAGGACAGUGCCACAUUUUCGUUUUCCGAUCAACGGCUUCCUUGCGGACAGGAUGUGUGUGCCUUGUCUCCCACUGGAUUCCAGUUGUGGAGGGAACCGCCCUUUUUCAAGUGCUCUGUCCUCUGUGGACCCGAAGCCUUCCAGACACCGGUGUGCCUUACUCAGGUCGUGCCCACUGGCUGGACAACAGGGCCCCGGUCACUGGCACUGACCCUGUAUUCGCCACGGCUUCGUGAGCAAGACCUUCUGAGAGACAGCCUGUGAGUACAGGAGAAUUCACGCGCAGGCUCAGGAAAACCACGGUGGGAAUAGGUGGAUCAGAUCUCCUAUUUGAUUACUGUGUGUUUUUGAGAGCUUUAUUGUACAUGUAUGCAAGAGCCAGGAGGGGCCCUGGGCUCCUGGCAGUGUGCCAGCAGGAGUCCAGGCUGCUCGGGGCCCUGCCCACGGGCUCACAUUGUUCUUCUGUUGAGCAAAACAGUGUCCAAGGCCUCAACGGGUGGGAUAGUGAUAAAUGACAAAAUUUUACACAUAUUUUUGUAUCGUGACACUCUGAUGUAUACCAGAGAAUUUUUACCCAUUUGUAAAUCAUUGUACAGUUUUAAUAGAAAAUUGUUUCAAAGCUUAGGAAAUCAAAGUCCCCCUCCUCACAAAGCAUUAAAGUUUGGACCUUGUGGCUCUGCU